CGUGUGAAAACGAUACGGUCACAGUGCGGGGUUUGCAGGCAACUCAGUUACGGCGGCCUCGACGAUUUUCGGUGGGGAGGCCAACAAAGCCUCCACCACGAUUGUCAUGGAUGUGGUAAACAGAGAUCCCAACAGCCUCAAUGAGUACUUGCAGCAAUUGCGGGACGACUUGCGGAUGGUGGAUGUCCCCCUAAAGCAGCAGAAAAGGAAGGAAACGCCGCCGUCUCCCGCCCCCGGGCCCUACCUCACCACUGUGGAAUUCGAUGAUGUUAUUGCCGAACCGGAAGGUACCUACUCUCCAACAUGUGUAUGGAGAAAUUCUAAAACCAUUUUCACCGGCUCCAGAAACUGUUGUUACCGCUGCCUUUCGCUCAUUUGUGGUAUUCCCAUCGCAUUAAUAGUAGGCUGUAGUUUCGCUUGCAUAACCUUCCAGCAUGUCUGGUGCAUAGCACCGGCACUGAGACAAUUCAACAUCAACUGCCACGCAGUUCGUCUCUUUCUGAAGACAGCGCUGGACGCUUGCAUCGGACCUUGCUGCUCAGCUAUUGGACUCGUCUUGAGCAGAAUAAAAAUAACCCAUCAGUCGGAUUCAGGAAGAACUCAUGUAUGACACAUGGUGGUGUUUUUAGAACGAUUUCGUAUUGUCAAACUGCCUGGAAUUGCGCCGUCAAAAGAUGAGCCAUUUCUUCUGAGAGAAAGGCCAUAUGCCACAACUUAAAAAGAACCAAAAGAGAGGCACAAUCAUGUUGGUUCUGUUUCUCAUACCUGACUUAUAUUAUGUGCCUCUAAAGCAUUGGCACGGUUAGAAAAUUUUUUAUAAGAAUCACGCGAAAGUUAGUGAGAUAAUAUAUGGGAAUCCUGCGAAACAUCUUUAGUUUUUCUGGAACACAUCAAGUUCACUUAAUUGAAUCUGUAUACUUUUACUGCUUUUUAAAGGCCAUUUCGUAACUAGAUGUGUGUGGAAAUUGUGAACCUUUAAUCAAAAUGACCAUCAAGUGACCCUCCAAUGGAGAUUUCACCUUUUAUUUAAAUGGGCAUUUUACUAUCGGAAAUGUUUAUGCUGCCAUUAUAUUUUUCUUACCUUUUCCAAUAACUUUUGUUUUUUUGUUUUUUAUGUUAAAAUUUAACAUGCGAUGAUAUUUUCCAAGAAAAUAUCUUAAACCUUUGUAUACUAU